AUGCCGACUUUCCCCCCACGAGACCCCGUUGAAAUGUCUGUUCGAUUCACGAAAAUAACCUACGCCCAGUUGAAACAACAGGUCUUUCGUCCACCUAGGCCGUUUAUCCUCCCGGGAAAGGAAUCGCCUCAGUUCCCCGCGUCGGAACUGGGUAUGAAGCUGACCUGCGGAUUGGAACUCCUGGUCUCAGGGAACAGAAACAAGACGGAGGGCCGAUUGGCCGCGGAGGCGAAGACUAUUAUGGAUAGUCUGAACGGAGCUUCUGCGGCAUCGUUGCUGCCGUCUGACGAAGAUAUAAAGUCCUGGAAUCAUCAGGUUGAUUCUGAAAAUUGGUUGGAUGUAGACUACGAGGAGUUCGAAGCAAACAUGGCCGGCACCAGUACUAGGACCCAAGGACCUUCUUCCGCACCAUUUUUUGAAAAGUCAGCGUUCAGCGAUAAAGAGCAGCAGGACAAGCUCAAAAAGAUGGUGGAGAACUUUGAGAAGUUCAUGAAUGACGACUCGGCGGGGUAUGGCGGGGUACGAUUCGGACAACAUCACGAUGACAGGUUCAACAGUGAUGACGACGACGAUAUCAACGAUGAUGAAGACGAUAUCAGCACCGAUGAAGAAGACAGGGACGCUAGCUUCGAUGAACGAGAGUUCUCAAAGAUGAUGCGAGAGAUGAUGGGCCUUCCCGCAGAAUCCAACCCCCACACCCCACCAAACGAAGAAGAAGAAAUCUCAGACGAUGACGAAGACGAACAGUCAAUACGUCAAACAAUGGCCAAGAUGGAACAGGAACUGGUAGCGGCCGGCGCGCUGGACCCGAACCGGCCAGGCGCAAGUGUGGAUGAAGGAAGAGGUCGCACGAAGCAUAAGCAACAACGUCCGCCAAGAAGCCACGAUCUCGAUGCCGAGCUUAAUUAUGAGAUCGCGAGGAAUAUGCUCGAGAGUUUGAAGGCGCAGGGUGGAGACGCGGGACCGGCGGCUAAUAUGUUGCGGUCCAUGGGGAUGGUUAUGCCCCGGGAUGAGGGUGAGGAUGAGGCUGAAGAUGAGGUAUCCGAGAAGAGGAAAUAA